AACAAUCACCUAUUCGCAAGUGGAUGGAGCUAGGGAGGUCCAAUGCAGCGCCGGCUUUGGAUGAGGAUUCUGAUUUAAGUGACACCCCAGUUCCUAGCACCAUCGUUACAGAUAUUGCACGUGAUAUUCCAGAGCUACGGAAUUUGGAUGUACGUGAAUGGGCAGAAGAGACUAUUGGUGACACACAUGUUGGUAAGAGGAAGACACGUGUUGGACCAUCGGAUCGGCAAAGGAAGAAAGGAAAAAGACAGGAUGACAUUGAAGAGGAAGAAUUUAGAACAGAUGACAGCACACCUGAUCCUAGUGUCGGUGAUGAUGAUGAUCAUGAUGAUGGGGGUGACGACAGCAGCACCGAUGGAAGUGAUGAUGGGAUUGGCAGUGGGGGAUAUGUAGGCGGAGGUGGCGGGGGUGAUGAUGUAGUUGGAGGUGGAGAGGGUAUGAGGUUUACCGGGGAGAGCCAGUUCACUCAUGCCACACAAGAUACGGAUCAUGGUGCACCUAGCUCACAACGACAGACUAGAAGCAGUGCACGUCAUCCUAUUCCCCGUGAUGAUGAUAGCUCUAGCUCAGUGAACACAGACUAUACUUAUCCACACUAUCCAUAUGACCAACCAUAUGCAUAUCCAUCACAUCGAGUACCCUAUUUGCCACCCCCCUAUGUUGGCUAUACAAGCACCAACAUGCAAGAUGCUUACAAUGUGCAGGCUCAAGGAUAUGCGACAUAUGGUGCCUAUGGCGCAUAUGGGGCCUAUGGAGCCUAUGGCAAUAGCUCAUAUCAACAGGAUGAGACUGAAGAAUAAACUUCAUGUGGUAUGUAUCGUGUGAACUACUAUGUAUUAUGUAUAUUAACGUUGAUGGUUUGUA